ACGUGGAGUGCGCGCGCCUGAAAUAUCUGGACUAGGAGGAGCUGACCUCCUGCAGACUCCUUGCAGAGAGGGGGAAAAGCAGCUUCCUCCUGUUUGUGUGCAGAAAAGUUGGAGGAGAGGACGGACCCAGGACCUGAAACCUGACCACGGAGCCUCCUCCUCCUGCUGCUGGCUUUAACUCAAACCAGAUGGUGUCCCGCUACUCCACAGCAGCUCCAGCCUGAUGCGUGGCUCCAGCACAGGAGGUAAAGCAGUUUAGACGGAGUAGGAGAAGAUAAUGAGGGGAGGACGGCGCAGAUUUGACUCCGAGGAGUCAUACAGUGUCCAUUUAAAGGAGUGAGCUCGGAGUUUGCGGAGUUCGUGGCCCCUCCGUCUGAUCUCAGGUCCGCGCACGGCUCAGCAGCACGGCAGUCACGGCCUCUCUUGCGCGCUCACCCGUGUCUUCGGGACACGUAAAAGCAGGACUUUAUUUUCUGAUGAAGGAUUCAAACUGCGCAUGCUCUGUGCUGACCUAAGUGGGCUCAGAUUGAGCUGACGGAGGUGAUGGAGGUGACGGAGGUACGGUGAAGCUCGCGCUCCGGUGAUGCGGUGCGUCCCGCUGCUCCGCCGGCGCUCCGGCCCGCCCCUGCUGCUGCUCGCGCUCCUGCUCGUACUCUGUGUGUACCUGAUGGUGGGGGACGAGCCGGUGCGGUCAGAUGUGUGCUACAAGGUACCCUCGCUCCAGAUGUUGACCCGCAGGUUUGUGUGCACUCUGGAGGCUCUGCAGAGACACGCACAGUUGCAGCUCUCGUCUCAGAGGACCCCCCACCGGCGCCGGGCCGUGGUUCUGACGGGGCGACACCCGACCUCAGACACCGAGGUCCAGCUGUACCAGAGAGUCCUGCAGCAGAUGGACUACGAGGUCCACCUGUCCAGAUACGCCGAGACGAGCAGCUUCCUGAGGAGCACGCAGGGCAUUGGUGGGUGGAGCCUCCUGCUGUGCCUCAGCACGUCAGAGCAGAGCUGUCUGAGGAGGAUCUCCUUCUCUCACCUGCAGCAUCAUCAGACGGUGAACCUGCUGCCUGGGCUGAUAGAGGCAUUUUCAAACGUAGGUGGAGGUCUGUGUCACUUCUAUACACACUUCCAGCUGACAGAGUCUAGUUUACCCAUGAACCCUCAUGCCUGUGGAUCGACCAAUCAGAAGGUGGAGAUUCCCCUGGACAGUUUCCCUGACAGCCAAGCCCCGCCUCCUGCUCUGGUUGCCAUGGUCAAUGUUUAUGUCCUGGUAACCUCAGUGACCCCGCUGACUUCUUUCCUGCAUGACAUCAGCGUGGUAAUGACCAUUCAGCAUCCGAGGGGCCGACCUGUGAAGCUCAGGGACUUCCUGCUGCAGCACCUUGAUCCAGCAGCCUCCCAUCAGGCUUUGAGGCAGGUGAAGCAGGUGAUAAGUAAAGUGCUGCAGGCGGCUGCAGCGUCGACCAAUAAGAAGCAGCGAACCAUAAGCAGGUGUCUGUUGUGCUUCCAGCUGCUCACCUUUACUUUGUUCUUCAGCGGCUCUGUCACACCUGUGGUAGUCCAGGUGGACACACAGUUAAACGUGUCAGCUCUGAGCAACGAUGCCUUCGACCAACAGAUCACCAAAGACCUGAUCCUGGAGGACACGCUGGACUUCCUGCUGCCGCCACUCUCACACCUGUCCUCACACACACACCUGUCCUCGGAGAGGGAGGGGAGCCAGUACGGUGGCUGUACAGGGACACUUGGCGUCUGUUUGUCUGAAGACGAGUUUCUUCUUCUGCUGCACUUUCAGUUGCUGAUGAAGACCUCAUCAGCGUUUCAGCCGCUCUAUCCCAGUGUUUCCUCCUCCUCAUCCUUGCCUCGUGGCCUCUCUGACCUCCUGACCCAGAUCGAAGGUUUCUACAAGCUGAAAACAAACAGGAGCUGCAGGACAGACGAACCGCCCAGUCAGCAACCAGCUCUGUCUUCCUCACAGGACGAAGGUCUCUGUGUGGACCCCCACCUUCGACAGAUCUACACAGACCCCCCCCUCAUUCUGAACCCCCCGUUCCAUCCCCUGGUGAAGGAGUACCACGCAGAGGUGACCUUUGACACCAUGACAGUUCGGAUCCGGCCGGAGCCUGUCAGCUUGGCCUGCAGGAUCCACCUGGAUGAACACCGAGGACCCAGGAUGGCGAACUACCCGGUUGGCCUCGGCAACAGCAAGAUCAGCAUCCUGGUGAUGGACGGCAGCCACCCGGAGCCUGUUAUCAUGUCCAUCUACACUGUCCACGUUUACAGGGAGAGUCGGCCCAGCCUGCCCAUGUUUGGAUAUCACGUGAUGUGCAGCUUUGUGCAGGACUGCGGUCUGCUGGUCCAGCCAGAUCGCUCCUGCGGUCUUCAGCCCCACAGCAAAUCCCAGAGUCAACGUAAUGCCUGCAGCUCGGGACACGUGUCAGGACGCUGGGUUGUUCCAUGCCUCAGUUGUUCUGACAACAGGACGUGCGACUGGAGGGAAGUUUCCUGGCAGGCAGAUGGUUGUUAUCACCCAAUAGUGGACCACCCACUGCUGCAGGACUGUAUGAAGGACAGAAAGCUGUUGUUUAUUGGGGACUCAACAAAUCGUGGGAUGAUGUACUUCCUGAUGGAGAGGGUGAACUCCACCCUGGAGGACUGGGACAAAGCUCACGACACGCUGGUCUACAGGAACCUGAACAGAGGACGGACUCUGGUCAGCUACUCGUACUAUCCUCAGUUCUGGCUGGAGAAGAAGCAGCGACCCACGUUCAGGGAGGCUCUGCAGCAGCUGCUCAACAGGUCUCAGCCUCUGGUGAACUCUAACCAAACAGUUCUGGUUGUGGGAGGAGUCCAGUGGCUCAACACCAAUCACCUGAGGACAGUCAGUGAAGUGCUGGACAAUAAAUCUCUCAGUAACAUCCUGGUGGUGGUGAAGUCUUUAGGGAUGGGCUUCCAUCUGCCUGUGGACGGGAUCAGGUCUCUCAGUCUGACAGAGAUACGGGACCUGUACAGGGAGAACGACGACAUCAUCACCACCGCCAAGCAUCAUGGGUACGAAGUGAUUGACACGUUCAGCAUCACGAUGGGUCGAUACAAAGAGUUCCUGCAGGGACGCUGUGCCUGUCACUUUCACGAGGUGGAGAAGUUUUGGUCCACAAAACUUUCCAGUGACAGAACGUCCACCGCAAACACGACCAGAACAGAGAGAACUGUACAUACACUCGGCAGCCAAUCAACCCUGCCAGACACGGAGCAGGAGGCGGGGUCUCAACCCACAACCUAUCGUGUUAGAGGACCAGUGAACCAAGUAUACUCUGAGAUCCUUCUGAGCCGCCUGUGUCCCAUUACCCGAAACUGAACACCUAGGAGGGGCCAGGUGAAUCCUUCGGGAGAGUCACCUGUCCCCCUCCAGGACGUGGACUUCAGAGAGGGGUGGGGGACUCAAUGGUGGAGGUGGAUUAUUCAGAAUGAACAGAAGCCUCACUGUGCAGCUCAGGAGCACCAAUCCGACGAGACGCUGAGGGUCUCAGACUCAGCUGCUGGCUUCUAAUAAGCAGAGGUUACUCGAGAUAUCGCUCAGCUGGUUCCUGCUGCUCGCAGAUGUUUAAAGUUUUCAGCAUUUCAGUCCCAGCAGCAGGACUGUUAAUCUCUGACCUUCUGCUGGGAUUUUCCAUUUCAGAACCAGAAAAAUCCUCUGCCAUAAUUCUGCUGACUGCACCAGCUGCUUCUCGCUGGCCCGUGUGUUUGACAGUGAUAUGAGUUAGCGUGGAUUCAAGCAGCUGCUUCCUGAUUCAGACUUAGCCUCAGGCCUCACUGAUUGAUCGAUUCUGUAUGUCAGACCAGUUUUAACUCCAAAGACUUGAUGAAAGCUCUUCAUCACAUGACAGAAGCGUCUUUUAUGACUCUGCUUAUAUUUCUAUAUUUUUCUACAGAUGUAUAAUGUGUCUUUUUAUAAGCUGAAAACAGAAGAAAUUAAUAUUUUUUAUGACUGUGCUCAUUCUGCUCUUCAUACAAAAAACAAAAAGUCAAACAAAAGUUUUUAAUCCUGAACUGUGAACACAUUCACAACCACAACCACUCAGUCUUUUAAACACCGUCUCACUUAUGGCUUUAUAACAUUUAAUAAAACACCAGUGGACAAAA